AUGGCAUCUAAGACGCUGAUGUGUGACCCAUGUUAUAGAUUAAACAAAUCAUCUAGCGCCAUAAAGUUCUGUACAGAUUGCAACGAUGUGCUAUGUACAGAUUGCACUUCUGUUCACAGCGCUCUAAAGAUUACUAGUUCUCAUCACGUGGUUGAUGCGUCUGAUUUAACCGGUCGUGCUUUCAAGUUAAAAAAAUACUGCAACGAUCAUCAAGAUAUGCCUUUAGAGUUUUUUUGUUCAGAUCAUGAUUGCUUACUCUGCCGAUCAUGUAUGGCUAAUACCCAUCGUACUUGUGGUAAAAUUCUACCAUUAGAUGUCGCGGCUAAAGGGAUAAAGUCUUCAGUCAUGUUUGAUGAUAUUUGUAAAGAUAUUUCUGCAUUACGGAAGUCGACAAAGGAGUUAGUAGAAGAUAGAGAGAAGAACAAGAAACACAUAGGAAGGACCAAAGAAUCGACACUACAAAAGAUUAAAAAGUUAAGAAGUGAUAUUAAUAAGCAUCUCGACAAAUUGGAAGAGAAAGUUGCGUCUGAUGUGAGUUUUUUGGAGAGAGAACUUGACAAAAAAGCUUCGACAGAUCUAUCUGAAGCGGAAACAAGAGAUAAAAAUAUAGAAGAUAUAUGGGAACAAGUCAAUUUUCUUUCAAAACAUGGUUCCGAAAGUCAAUUGCUUAUCCUGCUGAAUGAAGUAAGACCUGAAAUUACCAAACAAUCAACAAAUCUCCAAGAGAUGAUUCUGUCUCUAGAUAUGAAUGGCAUUGACUUUGAACAGGUAGAUUUGAUAUCUGCCAUAACUUCCAUGGGAUUAGUGAAGCCGACGUCUUCUCCAUGUUCUGUGUCAUACCAGCCUCCUAAACAUAUACAAGCACAAAUACAACAAACACAGGACAAAGAACCAACAAAGUUUGAGUUUGAAAAGAAAAUUCCUGUACCUUUGGACAGAAUCUCUUGUAUAGUUGUAACUGACGACAAUAGGUUAAUUCUGUGUAAUGACAUGAGUAAAAACUUUAAAGAUAAUGUAAUAGCAUGCACAGAAACAGGUAUGCAGAUUCAAGCAUGUACUAUUUCCAAUAAGGUAUUUGGUAUAGCUAUCAUACCACAGACUGACGAAGCAGUUGUUAGUUUGGUUGAUGUCAAGAUUAUUCAAUUUGUCAAUUUAUCAAGCAUGAAGCUUGGUAGACAACUCCAGGUUACUAUGAAGGACAGUGGCAUGUAUGGUAUCGCAGUCGUUCGUGAUACAAUAUUUGUCGGUGGGAACUCUGGAAAUGUGUACUUUAUUGAGAAAACAAAUGGAAAAUGUCUUAAAACUGUUGAAAUUGGUACAGGUAUUAUAUCUUCACUUGUGCCAUUUAUAAGCGCUAAGGGUGAAGUACUAUACUGCUGUGAACAUCGUGGUAACAAUAAAGUUCAUAGCUUGAAACUGGAUGGAAGUUUUACUUCCAGUUGUAAACUAUACAGUCCAUUGGGAAUGACAUUAGAUUCAAAAAGAAAUAUUUACGUCACAUGUUGCAAUUCCCAUGAACUGCAUCGUCUGUCACCUGACUUGAAACUCAAUAAUAUCCUGUUAAAGAAAUCAGAUGGAAUUGACUACCCAUUGGGUGUUGCUUUCAACAAAACAUAUAGUAAACUAUAUCUUUUAAAUGGUGGGUCUGAUAAAAGUGUUUUGAUUUUCAAUUGCAAAUAA